UUUGACCGCCUUCGUUGGCUUAUAUACUCUAUUCAACGUUUGAUGUCUUUUGAUCUAAAAUGUCCCGCCUUCUUCGCACAGUGACUAUUCUUCCUUUAAAAUACCACUUUCUACCGUGUCAUUAUCCUGUUGUAGGGUGAUAGUUGGAAGUCCGACCGCUGAAUCAAAGCACUGGCGAAUAAUCAAGCGCCACGGGGGCGUGUACAAGUGUAAAAUAGAGGAAGGUGGCAAGUGUGAACAAAUGAGGAUAGACACCAGAGGUAAUGGUUUCCUUUCUAGACGCUAUGAUGAUUACAAAGAGCACCAGUGGUUAGGCUCCAGCUUAGCCCUCAGUUACGAUACCGAUCCACGUCUUGUGGCAUGUGCACCUCAGUGGAAAAAUAAGUACCACCCUGGCCACUACCUGGUUCAGGGGCUAUGCUAUUACCUGAAAGAUGGAAAAACAGAAGAGUUACGACCUUUGCUGGACCCAAAGUUGCAAGUUGUUAAAGACGUGCACCAUUACGCUUACGCCCAGGCUGGAUUUUCAGUGACGUUUGCCAAGGAGAAAACCGAUGACAAAGCUAAAUUAAUUAUGGGCGUGCCGAACAUGAGAGCAGGACAAGGAGGUGUGGUAGCUUAUGAAGAUACGACCAACGACGUCUUCAAGGUGAAAGACCUGUUCUAUGGAAGUGCAUACGCAGGUGAGCUAGAAACUGAUUCACUUUUGCAACCCAACACAAAUAUGUGUUAUGCUGUAACUUCGGGAAAAAUCUAUGGGCCGGGAAAAGUCACUUACAUCAUUGGAGCUCCAGUGGACAGGCGUGUGGGCAAGAUUUAUCUCAUAGAUAACAAGAAAUAUGAAGUAAAUGAUAGUCGGACUGGCGCUCAGUUUGGCGAGUACUAUGGGGCAUCGCUGUGCACAGUGGAUUUUGACGGGGACGGUUUAGACGACGUUGUUGUUGGGGCGCCUCUCUUUUCCUCCGACAAGUACCCGGAUGUGGGCAAAGUGUACGUCUAUAUCAAUCGCGGAAAGGGUUUGGGGCUGUCGUCAUCAACUGUGACAUUGACGUCUCCAGGAGUACAAGGAAAACCACUAGCACGGUUCGGUCAGGUGGUGGCGAGUAUUGGAGAUAUCAACCAGGACGGAUGUGAAGAUUUAGCGGUAGGAGCUCCUUAUGAGGACGAUAAAGUCGGUGCCGUCUACAUUUAUAACGGCAGUCCUGGGGGGUUGAAACGCGAGAUCUCGCAGCGAAUAGGCGGUAAUGCUGUCAAAGAUGGAAUCCAAACGUUUGGCUGGAGCAUAUCACGUGGUCAGGACAUGGACGGAAAUGGAUAUCCUGAUUUCGCUGUGGGUGCCUAUCACACCAACAACGCCAUUCUCCUUAGAUCCCGACCGGUCGUGAAGGUAGACGGGAAACUGGACAUCAUCCCUUCCCUGAUUGAUUACACAGCACCACCCCCUAUCCCCAUCUCCGUUAUCUUAUGCCUGAAUUACUCUGGGGUUCAAGUACCAGGAACACUCUACGCCAGCUUCGCAUUAGAGGCAGACACACUGAAACGAUCAGGUAGUAGAGCCAAGUUUCACACAGACCACGGACUAAGUACUACAAUACAAAAGCGGAUCAUUCUUCAGGCAAUCACAAAAACCUGCACGGAUAUCACAACCCUCAUUACGGCCACCUUCCAACACAACUGUGGAGGUGAUGACGUGUGUGUGACUGACCUUCAAGUAAAAUUUGCGGAAGUCAAUACGGAGGGCUCCACUCAUCUCAUCCUCGGCCAGACCUCCGCCCUUGUCCUUCAAAUCCUGGUGAGCAACGCUGGUGAGCCGGCAUACGAGGCCUUGCUCACCGUGAGGUUGCCACCGAGAGUCACGUAUGUUGGUGGAGGGAAUGAUCUCGGUCCCGCCGUUUUCUCGCCCACCUCAAGCACGCUGACCAUUGACCUGGGGAAUCCUCUCAGUGCCAGGCGGAAUGCCACACUGAAAGUAAACCUGAACGUUGACAACGUGCCCAAGGUCACGACCCAUCUCCACUUCAGAGCAGAUAUAACGUCAACGAGUCAUGAGAAAAACAGGACGAGCCUGGACAACAAGGCCUCGAUCACUGUGCCGGCAAUGUACGAGGUGAAACUAAUGAUGGAGAGUCAGUCUUUUCCCGAGCAGUUAACGUACAAUCCAAUUGAAGAAGAGGAGCUACCAUUGCUUAAUAUGACGCAAAAGCUGUCUCUGCAGAACACCGGACCCAGUUUACUCCCAGGGGCAGAGAUCACCAUUUCCAUUCCCUUCAAGAAGCGGGAAGCCACUUCUUCUUACUUAGAUCCAUCCGAAAUAGAGGUUUUCAUGUGGAAUGAGGCGUCAGUUGGGAGCGAACCAGUGAGCUGUGCUGUUAGUGACUCGAACCUUUUGUCAUCUGGUGACAUUGUUCAAUCUGAAGAUGUAAUAAUGUCCACCACUCCAACUUUAACAAUGGAAAACAUAACUGAGAUGUCAAGGGAAGUAACCGAAAACCUCACUUUACCGUACCUCGAACCACAACGACGUUCUCUGACUCAAAACAAAACAGUCACGGAGGAAAAGCGUCAAGUAAUUUUGAACUGCAGUUCGCAGGAGUGCGUCGUGGUCACGUGUCAACUAGGACAGCUUUUGGUUGGUCAGACCGUUCAAGUCAAUGUAUCUCUCCGCGUGAAUCAGGCAGCCUUGGACAAAAGACAGGAGAGUGCGGUAAUUCGUCUGGAGACAUCCAUAUCUAUCCAGAGAAAAACAAAACCCGGCUUCCCCAAACUGCUGGAUAAUCACAGGCUAGAAACCACGGUGAGUUUUAAGCAAGAACGGAUUAAGCUAAGAAAUGAUGACAGCAAUUAA